GGAUGAAAUAGUGGGCAGAAUUGAGAGACAAAAUACUGUAUUUAAAUUUUUAUUCAGAGGAAUUGCAAUAAACGGCAUAACAGCCCUGCGUCUUCCAAACUUCAUCAAACUCCUAAACUCCACCCAUACAAAACAACAAUGUAUACAUUCAAAUGGGGCUCGCCCUCUAAACUUUGAAGUUUUCGAUAGAGACCAUGCUUUUGUUUGGUACAGUACAGUCCUUGAAAUAGGAGGGUCUGUGUUGACUAUACCUGUAGUGAAGGAUCAUGCUUAUAUUUUUGUGGACGGGAAAUUUAAGAACUGGCUGCUCUCAAAGAGUAACGAUAAACGCUCGUGCUGGUCAACGCCUAGAUAUACUUGUAGAAAAUGCUGGACGAUUAACCUAUCCACUGUCUAAAGUUGAUCCAAAGGGUAUUCUUUCCCCUGUAAUUUUGGGUGGUAUCUCAGUUAGUAAUUAUUGGACACAAUGUGGCGUUUCAAUAGAUGCUUUAUACACAGCUGGUUCUUUGCUGUUUGAGGAGGCAUAUUUGGAGCAACAACUUUUGAAAGGAUCAUCAAGCAUCGAACCUCCACAACCUACCUAUGAUGAACCUGCCAUAUAUGCAGCCAAAUUCACAACUCCCGAUGUAGACUGGAGAUUGGCCCAUACAUUUUUUGAUUCUCGAGGGUGGGGGCAUGGCAUUGCUAUGGUGAAUGGGUUUAAUGUUGGGCGGUAUUGGCCGUUGUUAGGCCCACAGAUGACUCUAUUCGUGCCCGGUGCUGUAAUGAAAAAUGAAAAUUUCGUUCUCCUUCUUGAAUUAACUGGACGGCAAAAAAGCAAAUCGUUACAAUUUGAUUUUCUCGCACAGCCACUUUAUAAUGGAGAGGAAGAGAGACAAUUUCAAAAAGAUCAGCCAUUGUUGGAGAGGGAUGAUGUAUCCGAGGACGAUGAAAUUGUCAAAAAUCCUGUUCCCUCAGGCUAUUUGAGAUAUUUUUGA